GCCGCGCUUGGCUCUGGUCUAGGUCGCUCCUCGACAGACACUUCUGGAUCACAGACUCCAAUCGACAUCUUCUCCGGAUUUUCAGCACCAGCUCCGCAAAGGAUACUUGGUCCGGCGACUUGGACGAGGAGAGACAAAUAUCGAACGGCGAAUAAUCCAGCUCCGGCAACCACCACUUCAAUUCGGCCCUACAAAUCCAGAUUUCCAUUGCGGAUUCGCGAAAAGGAUGCCGCCCCCCAUGCCAUUCUUCUUGCUCUCCCUCAUCCGCCGUCGAUGGUGAAAAGGAUGCCGCCAAUAGUGACUCCAUCAGGUAAGUCGCCACUCCCCCAUGCCAUUCUUCUUGAAUUUGUUUAUAUGAGUUGGGAUUCAGAUAAGAAAGAAACCCUGAAAUUUUUAGGGAUUUCGAUUAUUUUGUUGGCCAUUUGGGUUUCUGAUUUCGUUGUGGGUUGGGGUUUCUGAUUUCGUUGUGGUAUUGAGAUCUGGGUUGGGUUUCUUGAUUUGUGUUUGGGAGUUUGUAGUUCAAGAGGGCAACGAGCAGAGGAGAGAAGACGAAGAAGCAGCGGGAGGAGUUCCGGCGGCGAAGACUACGGAGGAGAGAUAAAAGAGUUAUUUAUUUUGUAUUUUUAUAUUUAAUUUUUUGUAUUUUGUAAUUUUCGUUUUGUUAGUAUAUUAUUUUUUAUAAUAAAAUAAAUCAAUAAUAAAUAAUAAUAUU